AUGUCGAAAGCGAUUCUUCGAGAAAAGAGUAUUAUGAAAGUUCUAACUGAAAACGUUUCACCCUUCAUAAUCCAACUUUUUGCAACUUUUCAAGAUGAAACCAGAUUAUAUUUUGCAUUAAAUUAUUGCGUAAAUGGGGAGCUAUUAUCGUUUAUCAACCAACAGGAAGUUUUUGACGAAGAGGCUGCAUUAUUUUAUAUGGCUGAAAUUUUAUUAGCAUUAGAGCACUUACAUCGGCUAGGAAUCGUUCAUAGAGAUUUAAAACCAGAGAACAUUCUUCUGACAGAAAAACUACAUAUUCAAAUAACUGAUUUUGGGUCUGCAAUAAACCUCAACGACCCAAAUCAGGAAAUUGAAGAUAAGAAUAUGUUUAAUAAUUUAAAUUCAUACCGCAAUCGGAAAAACUCUUUUGUAGGCACUGCUCAAUAUGUGUCUCCAGAAAUGCUGACAAAUAAGAAAAUUACGCCAAUGGCUGACAUUUGGGCAUAUGCCUGUAUUUUGUAUCAAAUGUUGACCAGUAAGCCUCCAUUUGUGAGCGGAAAUGAGUAUAUGAUUUUCCAAAAAAUUCAAAACCUUGAGUACACUUUUCCUGAUGACUUUCCGUCUGAUGCCAAGCACCUGAUCCAAUCUAUACUGAAAAUUAAAUCAACAGAAAGACUAGGGGCAAACGACGAUCUUCAGAAAGGCGGAUACGAGUCAAUUCGAAGUCACCCUUACUUUGCGCCUCUCAACGGCGACUGGGACAUGCUGAAUAAACUACCUCCAGAGAAGAUUCAAGCGGUGGCCAAAAUGGACAACACUUCAGACUUGACCACUGAACUGACAGAGAAGGGUUUGGGCGAGAAGCAGAUCACCCGAUUGCUGGGACUUCACCUUCACGACGACUCGGAUGAAAAUCUCAUAAAACCUAAUCGCACUUAUAUCUUGGAGGAUACAGCCAACAGUGCCCCACUCUGGAUAGCCGCCGUUGAUGAAGUGAAAAACUUUUACUUUAGCGAUGACUCCUCUCCUGAAUCGUCGCCCCAACCGUCGACUUGCUCCAAUGGUGAUAGUGAGUUGAAGAAUGGCAGAAAAUCAACUAAACAGGGUUUAUUUCAUUUACAAAUUAGAAAGAUCGGCAUGACUGAGAAGACGAACUAG